AUGAUAGCAAUUACACAUCAAGUCCCGCCACAGGAGCUUCAGCACUCCAAACAACGCCAGUUCCGUUUCUACAAUGUGCUCAUGGUAGUUCUCAUGUCAUUUGGCUCUAUUGAAUAUGGCUGCAGUGCAUCCAUCAUUGCCACUACCCUGGCUCAGCCGUCUUUCAUCUCCUAUUUCAAACUUGAUACUCGAGACAAUGCCACCGAAUUGAUCGCGACCACCAACGGACUCUACCAAGCCGGUGGCUUCUUUGGAGUGUGGACGGUCUCAUUUCUCUCUGAUCGCUGGGACGCAGGUUCUCGAUUGGCUUAUCUGCGUUUUGGGGCCUUUAUGAUCGUGACCGCCAUCCCGAUCUGGAUGAACGAAGUGGUCCCGCCCCAGGCCCGCGGGAUACUCGUGGAUUGCCACAACGUGGGCUUCCUUUUGGGCUAUACCUUGGCCACGGUCUUCGGCUACGCGUUCUACCACCUUCCCAAAGACAACACCUGGGGCUGA